AUGGCUUCUGAACAUGAAGAUUCUAGGAGUGAAAUUAAUCAAUGUUUAAAUUUAUUGCGUUCUGAAUCUUCGGACGAUGCGAAGUUUGUUGCUCUUAUGCUCCUUCCUCGCUUAUUACAGCAAGAUCAGGAAAAUGUUAGACUUGUGUUUGAUUCCAUGGAUUUCAAAUUUUUGGAACGCCUAAUGAGAACAAGUAAUUCUUCAGAUAAUGAUUUACCUGAUAAUAUAUUGAAAACAAUUGCUAUCCACAUAAUAUCAUGUUUUUGCGAGGUAGAAGAACUUAUAUCAAAACGACAAAUCCACGCUCGAAUUCCUACUUUGUCAACUUUAUUAGCUCUGAUAAAACGAAGAAUUAGCCAAAGAAAUUUUGCAGAUAUUCAUUAG